UAGCGGGGAAGCUAGGUAUUGUUGGAACAGAGUAUAAAGAACCGGACAAUCUGCCUCCUUGACCAACAACGAGCAAACCGACCAAAUGAUUGAAUAAACAAACGAGACAAAUAUAUACAUACUUACUCAGCUUCCAACUGCUGCUCAUGGUUAGUGCAGCGAAUGGAGCAGAUCAUCUCGACCCCGCGGCUGAAGCUGAAGCUCAUCACCCAGGCAGGGAGCGGCAGCACCGAGCUGGCAUGGCUGCACACCAUCUACAGCGAUGAAAAGGCCACUUUCUGGAGUCCCUCGCCGACACAGAAAAGGCGGCGAGCAGACUGCUGGCCUCGACAGAGGACGGCGUAUUCAGCGCCUCCUUUGCCGUGCACAAGCUUCCUGGCGGCGACAGCGAUACACAACGCCAGAUUUAGCGGUACCACCGCCAAGAAAGACGAGGCCGGCCCGCCCGAGGAUGGUGGUGCCGGCGGCGCGCUCACCGUCGAAGUGGCAUACAUGUUCCUCCCAGGAGCGUGGGGCCGCGGCUUCGCCACCGAGGCCGUGAGCGCCUUGCUCCUCGCCGCUUCCGCCUCCUCGCUGCUGCUGCGUCGUCCCUUGUAUGUCCGCGCCAUCGUCAACGGCGACAACGCCGCCAGCAUGCGCGUCAUGGACAAGGUCGCCGUCGCUGGCAGACGCAUGAGCCAGCGCGGCAUCUAUCACUGGGCCGGCGAGCCCAUCUUCCAUGGCGGUCGGUGGCGCGCUGAGGCUGACUUGUGGGUGUAUGGUAUGUACUUGGUUUGGUGAUUGGUCUCGAGAUAGUAUAUAUAUACUAAAUUAUUCACGUUAUCUUGCUCUUCCUGAGCGGCGGUCUUACGAAAUACCUUAUCGCCUUUCUCUCGCGCCUGUUGUUGCUUUCGAAUUCGAUUACGGUCAACUCUCUUUAACGUUCAGAUGUGUCCGCCAAAGCCUAUGCGGUCAUUUUUGGUCUUUAUUCUCAUUCAAAGCGUGACCGUGUUGGCUCAUAGACAAGUUUGAGGAACGUCAAGUCCUUGAUUUCCGAGAUCCUUGGGACGGUGGGCAAGUAGCUGUCAACAUAAGGGGUGUUCUUGCACA